UUAACAAACAUCCGGGUGUCCUGUUAACCCCUCUGUUCCCUCCGUGCACUUCUGGAUGCGUUCAGAGCUGGGACCGGAAGUCGCGCAGGGUUAUCCUUGUGGCUUGACUGCGCUCUCUGUCCCGCAAAAUCCCGCAGCUGGCAUGAGUUUAGGAUCCGUGAGUGGAAAAAAGAGGGGGGAAUGAACAACACGCCGCCAGGAUUACGGUUGCUCAGGCCUCCUACAGUUAUAGGCCAGUUCCACACCUUGUUCUUCGGCUCCGUGCGGAUGUUCUUCCUGGGCGUCCUUGGCUUUGCCGUCUAUGGGAAUGAGGCGCUGCACUUCAGCUGUGACCCCGACCGCCGAGAACUCAACCUUUACUGCUACAACCAGUUUAGGCCCAUAACACCGCAGGUCUUCUGGGCAUUACAGCUGGUAACAGUCCUGGUUCCUGGAGCAGUAUUCCACCUUUAUGCUGCCUGUAAGAACAUAGACCAGGAGGAGAUCCUCGAGCGACCCAUCUACACAGUCUUCUACAUCAUUUCUGUUCUCCUGCGCAUCAUUUUGGAAGUCAUCGCCUUCUGGCUACAAAGUCAUCUCUUCGGCUUUCAGGUUCACCCACUGUACAUGUGUGAUGCCAGUGCUUUGGAAAAGGCUUUUAAUGUGACAAAGUGCAUGGUACCUGAACACUUUGAGAAAACCAUCUUCCUCAGUGCCAUGUACACCUUCACCGUAAUCACCAUACUUCUCUGUAUUGCCGAGAUAUUUGAAAUACUCUGCCGACGGCUGGGCUAUCUCAAUAAUCAGUGACACAAGUGCACAGAUAAAAUGACUUGGUAAACCUGUGUGACACCUUAUCUGCCAAUUUUACCGGGCUCCUGCCGGCUAUGGCUGGACUUUUAUAAAACAGGAAGCGAACAGAAGACCAAAACCUCACCUGUGGUCAAUUGUGAGUAAGUGGCACUAAGAAAUUUGAGACAGUCCAACAAUGUCAGAGCUGGCAAGUCUGAAAUAACCUCCAGAGUUUAACCAUAACUAUAGAGUGAUGAUCCCUGGUUGUAUAUCAGAUAUCAGUGGGUCUGUACUGGUUGUGUCCAAAGGUGUUGUGUAGACAAUAGUUACCUCUUACUGAACACUUGGGGAUGGACUAGAAAGACUUUUGGUUUUCUUUUUUUUCCUACAAGACAUGACUGAAGGACAGACUUCAUGGUGCUACUAAAAACUCUUUCCAGAUGGAUUACAGCCCAAUGUCAAACACCUCAAAGGCCCAUUACAAUCUUUUCUUGGAGUUGUACCUCAGAUCUGCCUAUACAGAAGAAACCCCGGAAGCAUUAGCUGCACACAUUUUUCUAAAGGGCCUGACAUGCACUAAAUGCAUCAUGGUUCAUCGAGCCAACUUGGUGCAUCCUCUGUGGACUCUGUUCACUUAUGGAGUGCCAACCUAAACAGUUCUUCUUACGGUGCAAAAAGAUCUGACUGGAAGGCGUAAGGUCUUCAUGUAAUGUAACUGUAAACAAUGCAAUUAACUGAAGAGCUAGUCACAUUAUUCUGUAUAAAGUGCAGAUGAACAUAACUGUCUAGCUUGCCUUUCAGGUGCCGACCACCAAACAUGACAGGCACAUCGCAGAGCUGGCCACAGAUUGUCACUCAUGCCAUGCAUAAGAAAUUGUCAUCCAGUAACCUUACCCAUGGGCGAGUGAAUUGCAGGUGCCAUUGCUUCCGACACUUGUAUGUGUGACAGUUAUCGCUUCCAAUGUGUGUCUGAUGUUGCUCAAGGUCUGUUCUGACCUUCACUUCGAUCAGCACAAGCACCACAACUUUGUUGUCAUUUCAUAUAAGAUGGUAGUUCUUAAACAACUUGAUCAUCAAGCUCAUGUGCCGGUUGAGCCUAAACAUAUGCUUGAGUUUACCUCAGUGAGAUUAAAAGGCAUCUUCAGACCACUGAUGCGUCUUACCAAAGAUGCCAUUGCUAAAAUGGUUGCUAUGUAGUGUUUUACUCUUCAAGGUAAAGAUCUGCCCAAAGAUGCAACUUAAUAUGAAAUGGGUUUGAUGCAAUGAACUACGAAAAGGAAGAAAACACCUUGUAAUAUAUAUUUUUAAAAAACUUUAUCAAAAUCUAUCACCUGAAAAAUCAGAGUUAAAAAGUAACAAUUAGAUUUGGCUGUAAAAAUGUGUUGAAAUGAAAAUGUUUCAGUUAUAUAGUAGUACUAAAGUUGUAAUGGUUUUGAAAUUUCUGAAACAAAGCAUCAAGCUCCAGUUAGAACAUACAUAUGUUAAUUUUUUGUUAAUAGGUAUUUAAUAAAAUUCUACUGGCAGAUUUGUUGAAAUCCAAGCUGGAGAAGGUUCAAGCCAUUCACGGUUCUGAACGUUCUGGGACACCAGAAGAGGUGUCCUGAGUCCCCCGCCUUUGCUUCACCCUUUUUUCUUUGCUUGAACUAUUAAUACUUUCUGUAAUAUUUUCCUUUGGUGUCAUUGUCCAUGUAUUUUGAAAAAGAUUACCUCAUGUUUUGUAAUGUUUUAUUUUUAAUCAGACAUCCAUCCAACUUUUGUUAUGAAGUUUUCAGCAAUCUGUUCAUCAUCUCAGGUACAAAAUUGCAUUACACGACAAAAGUGGAUCAAACCCUCUUUCCGAACCCUUUUAAACCCUUAACCCUUUUCCUCUCUCUGUGUCAUCACUCCAGUUGCAGGGUUUAGAAGGGUUUGAACCAGGUAUGUGACUCCUGUGAUUUGGGUUUGUCUGCGUUCUGGUAUCUGUGACUGGACGAUGGUUUUAAAUUUUGCCUCUAAAAGUUCUGUUACCAAGACUAGGGCCUGGUUUAUAUGAAAUUAACAACUGCAGAUGAAUUUGGCAGGAUAAAAGGUUUCAAUGUGGUGCAAAUAAUGAACAAAUCCAGGAAUCUCACUGGAUAAAAUGGGAUAAAACAAAUUUAAGUGCAUACCAGUGGUCUAUCUCAGUCUAUUCGCAUUAUCUUUGAGUUAGUUUAUCUUGUUCUGCUCAGGUAUACGAGGUGCUAUCAAAAAAUUCAGAGACUGGAGUGAUAGAAGCAAAACCCAUACCUGAUUUAAAUGUAGCUACCGUCCCCUUCACAGUAGUCACCUGAUACAACGAUCCAUAGUUUCGGCUUGUUAACCACACCUGGAACACUCCCCGGAAGUCCCAUUUUUCUCAUUGGUGCUGCUUCUGUUCAAUGGUGCAAAUAGUUUUUUGGUUUUUUUUCCCCCCCCCACCUGCAGGGUAACACAGACUAGUGUAACAUUCACCUAAGCUGCUUCUGGCACCUGUUGCAUGCUAAGAAAAGAACUUCUGAGGGAGAAGUCAGUGUCUUUUACUAGACUGUACACAUUUACUGUCUGGUUACCAGACAAGCUAGUUAGCUUACUUGCAGUUAGCAAUGCAGCUACCUUAAACAGCUCAUGCUACUUUGUCCACUAGCUAGCAAGUUGCCAGAGCACAUCACAUUUCUAUAGGUUUUAAGCCUCUGUUCAAACCGGUGGGCUAGUUUCAGUCCUUGUGAAAGGUACUGUUUAUAAGGUUGGGGAAACCUGUAGUCAGCUGAGACUGAAGAAGUCACCUGGAUGAGUGAUGCAAUGUUUCUCCCACUGAAAAUGCUAUGUCCAGAUGAACAGAAUCAACUUUUGGGGGUUUUAAGCUUCUAGUAAUUUCAAUCUUUCUGGUGUGACCAGGCUGACAUGUUAGUUUCAUGCUAUCACCUGUAAUUUUGAAAAACAAACCCAGGACAUUUAAAAUCCACAAGAAGAAAAUGUUUUGCUCAGGUUGGCCAAAGUUCAGCGUUCACUUGUUAGAUUUUACCAUAAGCUAAUUUGGCAGGGUCACACCUCGGGGCUAGUCUUGGUUAAGAGCUUAAUCAAAUUUGUACAUGAAGCUGUGUUUAUCUGUCUUUGAAUUAUUAACUCAGAUCUUGGAAAGCAGAGCUUGUUGUAUUUUUGCAAGGCUGAUUCACUGAUAAUCAACAGAACUGUAGAGAUUGGAAAUAUUGGGGGGUAUAUGUGAUAUUAAAUAUAUAAUUCAGUUAGUAGAUUGAUUGAUCAUACUUUAUUCAUCCCGAGGGAAAUUGGGUUAAGGCUGCCAGCCGUGCCAGCGCCGUCUUACCCUUAAAAAGGGGGCCACAAAUUCUCAGCUUGUUCUUUUAAUGAGCUCAUGUAAAAUAAGCACAAUCUGAUAUCGUCGUGUUGGUGUUGUUCCCAGAUCAUCAUACUAAAUGUUGUUCCAGGAUCAACAUUGCAA